CAUACGUUGGGACUUACCCAGCUGAUAUCUUUAACAAUGGGCAUGCUGAAUGCUGUCAUGAUUUUAUGGUGUGCCAUGCUGAUGGUGGCGCAACCAGGGAAGGGCCAGGGUCAGGGCCAGGGUACGUGGUAGUCAAAGAUACGGGAUCGUGGAUGAGUGAAGAAACUGACGGAACCACCAUGGCCAUGCCAACAGGCAGUCCAGAUGAGGAUUACAACAUUUUUGGCGUUACCGAAGCAGCACCUAAAGGCAGAUUGACAGCAUUGAAGGACGAACUGGAGACAUUUGGAGACGAGCCCAAGGAAGUCAUUGGAAAGGAAGGCACCGGCACCGCACCUGUGCUCACCUGUCCCGUUCGCCAAGAGCCUCAUGGCAAUCGCAAAGGCGAUCAAAUUUGAUCAUUUAGGUUUCUAGAUAUAAGUAGAUAAUAGCGAGUAGGAUAUUAGGUUGAUAGGUAGCUAAGACUAAGACUUCGACAUGUUCUUGGGGGUCACAUCCAAAUUUGUAGGUUUUUCUAAAUCAAUUUUAAGUUUGAAAUUUUAAAUUUGAAAUUUACUAUUUUAAGGCAAUUAGUUGUAGUUUUGGGUUUAGUUGAAUUGAAAUGAAGUUAGCUUCUGGGAAUGUUAAAUUGUUGAAUGUUAAAUGCCUUUUGGUUUUUUUGUAUCAAAAAUAGUUGAAUGCCAAAAAAAAAGA